AUGAACUUAUCAUCAGCACUACUUCAAAAUCAAAAUGAAAACCAACUACUUAAUCAACAACAAGAUGGUCGAUUGGGUUUUUUUCAUGAAUAUCUUCGAAAUAAUUAUCCAAUUAAACAACAGCUAGAAUCUCCAUAUGAUCCAGCUGUAUUUUUUAAUAAUCAAGAAAAAUCAAAUAUACAUCCAGAAUUAAUCGCUCAUCUCAAUUGGUUGAAGCGUGAUUUACGUUUAAAUAAUCCAGUCAAUAAACGCAUGCUUUGUUUUUUUCAUGCUGUCAAUUGUUUUGGUUAA